AUGGCCAUCACUGCAGCCAUGGUUGGUGGCACUGGGGGGGUCCCAGCCUCCAGGUCCUGGCACCAUCCCCAAGGCACACCGAGGCCGGCAUGGCUCUGCCUCCUGCUCCUGCUGACUGCCUGCACGCCUGCGGCCGGCACCAACCCUGGCAUCAAGGCCCGGCUGACCCGGAGGGCACUGGAAUUUGGCCGGCGUUUUGGGCUGGAGCAGCUCCGGUCACUGCUGCAGAAGGAGCAUGAGCUGAACUUGAAGGGCUCCUACCACAGCCCGCUCCUGGGCACAUUCACCUAUGCUGUACCCCGGAUCCGCAUCCAUGAGCUGCAGAUAAAUGACUCUGCCGUGGACUUUGCCGAGGAUGUGGGGGUGAGGCUGACAGUGCAGUGUGCCCGCAUCCAGCUCAGCGCCGAUUGGGAAGCCCAGCUGGGCGCCAUCCAGGACAGGGGCUCUGUCGAGCUCUGCAUGCGUGACCUGGACGUGAUGGCAGUGCUGGGAGUGAGCGUGGACAGCAACGGCCGCCCAAUGGUGUGGAGCGCUGGCUGCGACACCCGCAGCACCCACCUGCAUGUGAAGUUUCACCGUGGACACAGCUGGCUCUACAACCUGCUGACACCACUGGUCCAGAGAUCCCUGCGGCAGGAGCUGAACAAGCAGCUCUGCCUCGAGAUCCGCAGGGGCAUCCUCAGGCUGGAGGCUGCCCUAAAGCACAUGAAAGUGAGCACUCAGCUGGACCCCUUCGCCGCCAUCGACCACUCCCUGCUGGGGCAGCCGGCCAUCACAGCAGAGCACGGGGACGUCGCCCUCAAGGGGGAGUUCUUCAGGGUGGGCAAGUACCAGCAGAGACCCUCCUCGCCGGUGCCCGUGGCGCUGCCCGUGGCGUUGCCUGAAGCCCUGCCCAUGGCGCUGGCCGCAGCGCACGAGCCCAUGCUGCUGCUGGCUGUCACCGAGUUCGUCGCCAACUCGGCUGCCUUCACAUACUUCACGGCCGGGGCCCUGCGCAGGAACAUCUCCAGCAGCAUGCUCCCGCGGCGGUUCCCUCUCCAGCUGACUACCAAGAGCAUGGGGGUCUUCUCCCCGCAGCUGCACGAGCGCUACCCGGACCAGCCCAUGGAGCUGCACCUCUCAGCCCGCCGGCAGCCCCUGCUCUCCUGCCACCCCGACGCCCUGCAUGGGGCCCUUUUUGGCUCUGCUGAGGCCUUCGUGGUGCUGCCAAAUGCGACCCGUGUCCCCGCUUUUCUACUGAACAUCGAUGCCAACGUGACAGGGAAGCCAACCAUCACCGGGAACAGGCUCAGGGGCACCGUGAGCCUGACGGGGCUCAGCGUGGCGCAGGUGACAUCACACAUGGGCCCCGUGGAG